GCAUCUCGAAGCUCGUCAUCCUUUCUGAGUACGCGCUUCACCACCAUCUACCUCCGUCGCAUUCCACAGUGGGCAGCAAGAUUAACAUUGCUACCCCUCUCCAAACUACCAUCGUCCUCGCCCGUCCUCGGACCGUGCUCACACUACAAAACACACCAUAAUACCGCCCAACAUGUUCGCCCUUUCUGAGGACUCCAAGGAGCGCAUCGGCAAGAUCAUUGAGGUCUCAAGGGUUGCCAUGCACUAUGGUUACUUGCCUUUAAUUCUCUAUCUCGGCUAUACACGCAGCGAUCCUCGUCCAUCGAUCAUCCGACUACUCUCCCCUCUCUACUAAACCGGUUCCGAGUUGGAGACUUGUUAUAAGUUAAAGAAACGCUUUGGGAAAAUCAAAGCAACACAAGAAAUGUGUGUACGUUAAGAUAAACCGUCCCUAAUCCUGGGACAUCGAGGUUAGAAACUGCAUAUUGGACAGGAGGUCUGGCGUUUGCACACGAUUGCGCGAUGGCUGUUACAUCGCUAGCUACCUGCUUGUAGAAUACAAAUGUAAUGAUACCACUCAAUGGAAAUGACGCCACA